ACGCUGAUAUGACAAGAAAGGUCAUGGAGGGCAAUCUUUUUUCCUACACUCUUGAUCCUACAGAUCGUUUCCAUGAUAUACUGCUGGAUCAGAGAAACAGGCUCCGUGAGUGCAUCAAGAACCUUCGUGAGAUUUCACACAGACUCAACAAACUGCACAGAUGCUCACUGCUAGCCAACCUCACAGGGAGUUCUUUAAGCGUGGCUGGAACCAUCACAGCCAUUGUGGGACUGUCCUUGAGCCCCGUUACACUAGGAGCAUCUCUUUUGGCUUCUGGUGUGGGUUUAGGAGUGGCCGCUGCAGGAGGAGCAGUCACUGUGACUUCCGAUAUCUCAGUAGUUCUGGCCAAUUCUCGAGAGGUGAGAAGGGUGAAGGAGAUUGCAGUGACCUGUCACAGCCAGAUGAGAGAAAUAAUGAACUGCCUGGAAUUCCUACACCAUAGUCAAGGCCCAACAGACCCUAUUUUACUGCAGGCUGAAAGAAACGCUUCACUCUCACUGUACAAUUCCGUCUGCUUCAUGGUCUUCUGUGGCUCGCGGGGCUUCCUGGUCCCAGAAUACACAAAAGAGGUGACAAAAGUAAGCCAUGUUGUUCUCAAGGCCAAAGUACAGAAGCUGGCAGAAAACCUGGAAGCCUGUGUAAGACCCAUGGAUGAAAUCUGUGAACUUUUAGAGAACAGGAAAGCAUUGUCCUUGAAGAGAAAAACAUCAGUGCUCUGGGAUAUCAGGGAGUCAGCAUCACCUUUAAAGGCCAACUUCUUCACUCCUGCAAAAAAGUUUGGCGAACAGUGACAAGGACUGAAAUUAAUACUUACAAUAUAGCAUUAUUUUCUUUUCUAAAUGUUACCGUUGUAUUGAGUCAGGAUUUUUUCAUGCCCCAAUCCCCACAGCUCCAAGACAGUGAAACUCAGUCAUUGCAUAUGGCUGAUGGGAACAAGAGCUGGGCCAGUUUAAUGUGAAUUGUCAACACUUCUGUGGUUUGAUGCCUACACAGGGCAGACCAUCAACACAUUAGAUAUACUUUUUUUUGAGGGGGAUGCCUCUGAAAUUGCUUAUUUAAUGUCCCAACCCAAAAAUGGAAGUGUGAGUUGCGUUUUUUGUACAUACACCUACACUUCAAGGUCUUUUAAGGGGCCAGUGGACUCUUGUUUUAUUUUACACACAGAGUUUUUGCAGCAGUACAUGGGAACCAAUUUCCAAAUCUCCAAUUUGAAACAUCGUGUAGGACCUUGACUCUCACAGCACUGAGCUAGAUAAAGAGAGUGGCCAUGAUGGAACUGUAGUCAGCCAAGGAAGAAAAUGCUACCAGAGCCUGUAUUUUGCCAAGCUAAAUGAGGCCAAUAAUUAGGUAUUAAAGGCCAUGCCUUUAAAAGUACCUGAAUCCUAGUGAUGCUCUCAGCAGUGGAUGGGAAUUGGUCUGUCUGGAACAUAUAGCACCACACCAUUCUUGUUCUGUGAUAAAUUAUCUAUUUCUGUGACCUGGCUUUGGUGUGCCCCUCCCACACCACAUGCUCAGGAUCUUGUACUUCGAAAGAUGUGGGUAUUUAUUUGUACAGGGUUAUUUUAAAUGUUCUAGAAGUUUAUCUUUUUAAAAUAAUAAUACUAUU